AUGUUGGCUGACUGUGGGCUGCUGCUGCUGCUGCUGCUUACAAGGUCAGUGGAAGCAACACACACAGCCGAGGCGGGUCAGAAUGCCCAUCUACCCUGCAGCUACGCUCUCGCCACUGCAGGCAAGCCUGUGCCCGUGUGCUGGGGCAGGGGGCCCUGCCCUACGUUCUCCUGUACCUAUCAGGUCCUCACCACGGAUGAAAGGAGCGUGAGCUACCAGAAAUCCAGCAGAUACCAGCUAAAGGGAGCCGUUCACAGAGGAGACGUGUCCCUGACCAUACUCAAUGUGACGCUAGCCGACAGUGGCAUUUACUGCUGCCGGGUACAAAUCCCAGGCCCGAUGAAUGACGAAAAAUUCAAUCUGGAGUUGGUCAUCCAGCCAGCCAGGGUCAUUCCUGCUCCCACGGAAGUCCUUCCACGGGUCCCUGUCACGGAGGAACAUGGCUCAGCAGAGACUCAGACUUUGGCGACUCUCCAUGAUAAAAAUCAAACACAAAUACACCCCCUGGCCAGAAACCACCAAGACUCUGAAGCAACCACCAGAAUGGGCAUCUAUGUUGGAGUAGGAGUCCCUGCGGGGCUGGCUCUUGCACUGUUGCUUGUUGCUUUAAUUCUCACAUGGUAUUCUCAUAGGAAAAGGAAUUUGCAGAGUUUAAGUCUGAUCACCCUGGCCAACCUCCCUCCCUCAGGGUUGACAAAUGCAGCAGCAGAGAGGAUGCGCUCGGAGGAAAACAUCUACACCAUUGAGGAGAACGCCUAUGAAAUGGAGGAUCCGUAUUACUGCUAUGUCAGCAAUGGGCGGCGAUCCUGACCGCCUCUGGGUU